GCGUUGGAUCAUGCCCGGCCUCAUGCCUGGCCAUUGGAGUAUUGGUUCAACUGGAAUGGCGUGUUCGAUCUUGUUAAUCAAAAGUUCGAGAGCUUUGCUCUUGGUCGUCGGGACGACGGUAGGAUAUGCUCCGAGACGCAUCCCUCUUUCUGGUUCCUUCCUAUGACCUGGGAUAUUUCUAAGCUACACGACAGACAUAUAGAGAAGAAAAAGGCUUGGAAACGGGAGCGCCUACUUCCGGGAUCAGAGCAUUGGAAGUUGCCAAAGAGAGCAAUCAGGAACCCUCAACAUCCUGCUGAUCAUAAUAUUGCCCGCACCAACAGAUUUCAAGCUUUGCUAUCGGACGAGGAGGAGGAUGAUGUCGAGGAAGAUUAGAAGGAGAAAGUGCAACAAGAAGGAAGGAUGGAUGGUCAAAAACAACAAAACGAC